CUGCCUGGGGCCUCAUGGUGUUAGUUGUAAAGUAGUCCAGUGUAACCGCUGCUAAUGCCGCUUCUUAAGGAGUCGUCCUAUGCGGGUGCUCAGGUGUCAGUCACGCCAGCAUUUUCUCCUCAGUUAAAGAGGCCCAGGCCGGAGCGACACUGCGAAAUUUUUUGGAUGUAGGAAAUAAACCGUUUGGAAGCAUUUCUGAAUUCGCAGGCUACUUGAAACGUUAUCGUAAUUAUAAAUAAAUGGGUCAUUUCCCGAAAAAAGCCGUAACAUUGUUUCACAAACAUAUGUUGACUUUAUAUAUUUUAUGCAUAUAUUGAUAAAUACAGUUAAUAAAAACAACGUCUAGUUCUUCAGUCUUCUUCAAAUUACAAGUUCGAACUGCGUGCCACUAAGUUCAAAACACCCGACGCGCAUUACCUCAGUGUGCCAAUCAAAGUCAGCCCACCCUUUGCUGUCUUAAGCAGUCGGAGUGGUACUAUAUCUGUUUGAGCUCUCGGCUGAGCAUGUUGUCAGGAUGACUUCUGUUUCAUUACACCAUUAAACUAGUUUAAAAAGUUUUAGAAGGUUGCCUAGUAGCUUUUAGAAGUUAGUUUAGGGCUCUAUCUCCGUCAGGCUGGAGCUGUCGGAUCCAAAAAACUGGUGGAGUGGCGGAAAGUCGUGGAGGCAAAACAGACAACACUCUCGAGGGGCAAAAAUGUCCCGAGAGAACCACGAUGAGAGUGUGGACCACGCAGCCCCCUUCCAGGACGCCUGCGAAGUGGAGCCCCCUGACCAGGAGUGCUGCAAGCUAGUCACCAUCAACAUUUCAGGUCUGCGUUUCGAAACUCAACUCAAAACCCUCGCAAGAUAUCCGAACACGUUAUUAGGAGACCCGAUUAAAAGGAUGCGGUUCUACGACCCGUUGAGGAACGAGUUCUUCUUCGACAGGAACCGACCAAGUUUCGAUGCGAUCCUGUAUUACUAUCAGUCAGGUGGGAGGCUUCGAAGACCCAUCAACGUGCCGGUGGAGAUCUUCAUGGAUGAAAUAAAGUUUUAUGAAAUUGGCGAUGACGUUAUCGAUCGUUUCCGAGAGGAUGAGGGUUUGUUGAAAGAAGACGAGCGUCCCGUUCCGUCCAGUGAGUUUAAGCGUCAAAUCUGGCUGCUGUUUGAGCAUCCCGACAGCUCUGGUCCAGCCAGAAUUAUCGCUAUAGUCUCCGUAAUGAUCAUCCUGAUAUCCAUUGUUAUCUUCUGCCUAGAAACUUUGCCGGAAUUUAGAGAGGAUGACCGUGUGUUCAACAACCACCUUGCGCCGAACGGAACGACUGCUGGAAAAAGAUCUAGUACAUUAACGGAUCCAUUCUUCUUGUUGGAGACCAUCUGCAUCGUUUGGUUUUCCUUCGAACUGCUUGUGAGGUUUCUUGCAUGCCCAAGCAAGCCCGCCUUCUUCAAAGACAUCAUGAACAUCAUAGAUAUCGUGGCUAUCCUUCCAUAUUUCAUUACUUUGGGUUUAGACCUUAGCGAGGUCGAGUCAAACUCACAACAGACCACGUCCCUCGCCAUACUGAGAGUUAUCCGCUUGGUGCGCGUCUUCAGGAUUUUCAAACUCUCGCGGCACUCCAAGGGUCUCCAAAUUCUCGGUCAGACCCUACGAGCGAGUAUGCGAGAACUUGGACUACUGAUAUUUUUCCUUAUCAUCGGCAUUAUAUUGUUCUCCAGUGCGGUGUACUUCGCCGAAGUGGACGACCCGGAAUCGUCUUUUACUAGUAUACCAGAUGCGUUCUGGUGGGCGGUUGUUUCCAUGACUACUGUUGGAUAUGGCGACAUGUAUCCAGUGACGAUAGGAGGCAAGAUUGUGGGAUCAAUGUGUGCCAUUGCAGGAGUUCUUACAAUCGCCCUGCCGGUACCAGUAAUCGUGUCGAAUUUUAAUUACUUCUAUCACCGGGAGCACAGCGAGGAGGAGCAAGUGGAAUAUAUCCAUGUAACCUGUGGCCGCCCGUUGCCUCCUGUUUGCGACCGAAAUAAAAGCGACAGUAAACUCUCGCUCGGGAAAUCAGAGUAUUCAGAUGACGACGACUGGAAUUCAAUAAGCGUAUUAAAUUUCAGUCCAUCAGAGGAAUAUGCAGGCAAACUCACAGAUGUAUAAGAACAUGAAAAAGAGCUGUACCAAAGCGCGCGCAUCUGUGGAGAAGCAACUGUAUGAAGACAUUUCUUCUAUAUAAAGAAGACAGAAGAAACAUGCAGUAUGUGUGCUUUAUGAGCAGUUUUGUCAGUAGCGGUCUGUCAGAGGAAGAGAUGUAGGCUUUUAUUAUUAUUAUUUACCCAUUAAUGUGCAUAAUGCAUAUGAUGUGAAUGGUUUUGUUACUCGGAAGGCCUGGCGAGUUUUAAUCACUCCAAGGAUGUUACAGGAGGCUGACAACGUUAUUAUUAAACUGACCAAUCAGAUUAGACAUUACUUUCGUCCAAAAUACGAAAUGAGGCUAAUGAAAUUCGCUUCUGACCGCAUAUAACCAAUCGUUGUCAGAGAGGCAAACAAACAAACCAAUCAAAUUUCAGUAUCACGUUAUUGCGUCAUCAAGCCUGCUUGUUGUCAGACAACAGGUGAACAGAAACUUUCACAACUUUGGCCAAUAUAUCGAUGAAAUACAAAUGAAUGAAGGAUUUCAAAACAAGCGAGAAUGAAUGACUGAACGAGACACACAUUUACCUAAAUGAAGGAGCGAAUCGUUGAAUUUACACAGGUGAGUUAAUGUUAGAAAGAACGGGGCUUUCCGUUAAUGUGAAAACGUUUAAAAUGGUCAUAAAGUGUAGUAUAUUUGGCGUUUAUGUAUAUGCAUAAAGUCUGUAUAUGGCGCUUCGAAACGUGUUCCGUUGAUUUAUAAUUGCGAUUACAUAUAUCGAAUCUAUAAUAUGUGUAAGUACGAAUAAUCAUCAGUAAAUAUAUAAAUAAGCUAUUGUUUCAUCGAUCAAUAUGAAUGUCAGCCUCUCAAAAAAUCCUCACAGGCCGCUACUGAUUUUUGUAAUAUAUUGUAAUAUAUUUGUAAUCUAGAACAUAUUUACAUACUAUUUAUAAAAUGUUUUACGCUUUGUUUAAGCUUUCGUUAUGUCAUUGCCUUGUGAGAUGUUGUUCUUAAAAUAUCUCAAUAUUCUCUGCCUUGUGUAAUUUGUGUGCUUUAAACAUGCAAGAGUUGUUCUUUGCAUAUGUUGUCAUUUCUCAGGAUAAAAUGUAAUCAUAUGGUCUGACACUAGAUACUUGUUAUCUUAACAUCUUGGCUGGUUAACCUGCCCACAUGACAGCGUGUCAGACCAAGUGAACAAGCUAUUUUUUUUCCAACAUGUUAAUGAGGUAUGAAUUGUUAACUUAUUUUUGAUAAAUAAAUAUUUUG